CACAGACCCAGCUCCUGUGCACCAACAAAUAGCUGCUGUGCUAGAUAUAAAGAGGGAACUUGGAGGGCUGCCCCUCUAUUGCUGCUGAGUGAGAAGAGAAGGUCUGACGUUGCUGGAAUCCCAAGGUGUGGCACCUAAACUAUACAAUAUGUCUCAAAAACCCAAACUCCAUUACUUUAAUGGAAGAGGCAAAAUGGAAUCCAUACGCUGGCUUCUAGCAGCUGCUGGGGUUGAGUUCGAGGAAGAGUUUUUAGAAACCAGAGAACAGUUUGAAGCGCUAGUUCAAGAUGAAGCUUUAGUUUUUAAGCAAGUACCAGUGGUUGAAAUUGAUGGGAUGAAGUUAGUGCAAACAAAGGCAAUCUUACAGUACAUUGCUGCAAAGUAUAACCUUUAUGGAAAGGACCUAGUGGAAAGAGUAUUGAUUGAUAUGUAUGUGGAAGGUACCACUGAAUUCAUGGAGGUUAUAAUGUCACAACCCUUCCUGCAAAAUGAAGAAAAGGGAAUGCAACCUGAUGUUUUUAUACAGAAGGCCAAAACCCGCUACCUUUCAGUUUACGAAAAGAUAUUAAGAAAUCAUGGCCAGGACUUUCUUGUUGGAAAUCGGUUCAGCUGGGCAGAUAUACAGCUUCUAGAAGCUAUUCUUAUGAUAGAAGAAAAAAGUGCUGAUGUGCUCUCUGAUUUCUCUUUACUGCAGGACUUUAAGCAAAGAAUAAGUGAAAUUCCUACAAUCAAAGCUUUCCUUUUGCCUGGGAGCCCAAGAAAACCUCAGCCAGAUGACAAAUAUGUGGAGGCAGUGAAUGCCGUACUCAAGAUGUACUACAAAGUGGCUUUUAAUUAAAGUGUAAAGAAAUCACAUAGGUGAAAAUACGGUGUUGAAAUUUGCUACCAGAUAACUUGUUUGUAUUGUAUUUCAGCUUAACAGUAAUUUAUUAGUAGUGUUAGUAGGCUGAGGAAUCAACAAUGCUAGUAAAUUAAAGUUGUAUGC